UCUAACAGUAAACUAUGGUCACCUGUAGCAUAAACAGACACGGCCGCAGUAAGCGACACAGCCUGUCUCCCUUGGUGUGAAAAAGUCGGAAGAUGUACCACGCACCAGCGUCAGCGACGCGCCCCAAAAGCGACAGCGUCGCCAAAACCCUGCUGCGAGUCAGCGGGGCCCCAGUGGGGAAAAUCGCCGAGGGCGCAAGCCGCGCAGCCACCUCGAUGGCGACAGAGCCGCCCUAGGUUCCUCCGCGCCAAGCUUGGCGCGAUUGCUUAAGCAGCGCCGGCGUGUGAAGCAGCUCGCGCGACCGAGUCCGACGAUGGCCCGUGACGCUUGCCCGCGGCAGCGGUCUCUCGGUCAGCCGGAAUCGUUGCUGGUCCUGCGGGCCCAGCGUCGAAAUUGUUGCUCGCAUGGCCGCGCUUGUUUUUCAAGCGUACCAAGCAGACGCCCGGGCGGGCCGUAGGAAGGCGAGACUGACCCACCUGUGGACCCAUUGGGCACAGGGCAGCAGUGGCCACGCCCGUCAGCAGACGCACCCCGCGGGUGUGUCUUGGCCGGGCCGGCCUACUGUUAGCGAACCGAACGAAGCCGCGGGCCUCAUGUUGAGAACAGCCCCGCGCACGCCUCCAGAUUGGGGCACACAGCGCAGCCGCGCAGAACUUGGCGGCUUGGUCCCUCACCCGGGCCCCCCUCGCAGGGAGACCGCGGACGGGCCGCGGGGUGUCCUCCGGUAAAGCAUUCCGCCCCACGGCCCAAGGGGUACGCUCGCAGUACUCCGGGGACAAACACAAGCCCGACCGGCGACGGCGCGCACGCUCUGCAGGCGUGGGGCAGCGUCAGAACGCCGAACACGCGGCAGCCCUUGCGGCCGAGGAGCAAGGGCGCACCGCGUCAGCCUGGUCGCGGCCGCUUCGCGGGACCACACAUCGACCACACGGGCAGGAGCCGCACUCCACAGCAGUCGGCGGAGUGUUGCGCAGUAGCGCGCAUCUGAGGUUGCCGGGGAAGCAGAAGCUUGGCCUCCACGCGAACAAAGCGGCGCCCCCGCAUGUCCCCUGUGUCCCGACAACACUUACGCCAAGUAAACUAUGGUCACUAUGGCGGUUCAUCAAAAUUUCAUGCAGGUUCUGACAUCACAAUCAUGCAAGACAGAUUUGCACGUUGUACCUUUAACA